AUGGAUGUUUCGGAACUGCCGUCAGCGUCAAAGCCAGUCAAAAACAUAGUUUUGGUGGGGCGUACCGGAAACGGAAAAAGCGCCACCGGAAACUCACUCAUUGGACAACAAGUGUUCAUCUCCGAAUCCCGAGCAUCAGGUGUUACCACAACAUGUACGACAUCCAGAACUGUGACACAAGAUGGCCAGCUAAUCAACGUGAUUGACACUCCUGGUCUGUUUGAUUUGUCGGUGUCUGCUGAAUUCAUUAGCAAAGAAAUAAUCAAAUGUCUUACCCUCGCGGAAGAAGGAAUACAUGUUGUGGUGUUAGUUCUAUCUGUGAAAACCCGGAUUACCCUAGAGGAAGAGAACACACUUAGUACCUUACAAGUCCUUUUCGGGAGUGAAAUCGUUAAAUAUCUGAUCGUUCUAUUCACGGGCGGUGAUGAGUUGGAAGCAAACAACCAAACACUGGACGGUUAUUUUCUUCAAGGUUGCCCUGAAUUUCUAGAGAUAGUUCUCAGAGAAUGUGAAGGCAGAAAGGUCUUGUUUAAUAAUAAGACUACUGAUGAAGGCAAGAAGGUUGAGCAAGUCCAGCAGUUUCUUGCCCUUGUCUCAUCCAUUGGAAAUAGCAAUGAUGGGAAACCGUUCACACACGAAAUGCAUCUUAAGAUAAAGGAAGAGGCUGAGAGUCUUAAGGAACAGAAAAAAGAGGUUGAAGCUAAGAACCUUGGAGAACCAGAACUUGAAGAAACAAAGAAAAAAUUACAAGAAUCAUAUGAUAACAAGAUCAAAGAAAUGCAAAAGAUGGUGGAGCAGACGCUAAGAGAAACUUCUGCUGCACACGAGAAAAUGGUCCUUCAGUUAAAAGAGAAUCUCGAUAAGGCGCAUAGAGAUACCAAUUCUCUGCGCAAUGAGCAGGAUCAGCAACAUAGGCGGACAAUGUAUCAGCUCGCUGUACCGGCGUUGAUAGCGACGGGAUGUAACAUCUUGUGA